AUGAAAGUGACGUGGCUUUUCCAGCAGCAACACACACUGGAGGAGCGGACGCUGUUCGCUAGAAAGAUGAUGCGCCGCCAUAUUGGCAACGUCCCCAUCGUGCUUGGAAGGGACCCGAGGUCCAGGAGCGGCGUCUUCGAUGAAAUGCGCAUCUCAGUCCCAGGGAACCUCACCGUCGUGGACUUGAGAGUAGCGCUGAGGAGGAAGCUGCAAGUACGCUCCAGGGCGUCUGUGGUGUUCUUCAUCAACAACACCAUACCGUCGUCCACGGACUCUCUCGUCUCUCUCUACAUGACACACAAAGACUCGGACCGCUUCCUGUAUAUGAGCUUCUGCGACGAGAAUGUUUUCGGAGCCCAGAACUAA